ACCAGUCCAUCCAGCCAUUUUGGAAAAUCGUUCAUUGCGAAGGGAACGGUGUUCCACUUAGUUGAUAUACUAUUCUCUUAUGUGGAAAAAGAUUUCCAUAAAACCUUAAACAGCUGAAUAAAGUUCAUAGGAAGCAUAAUUUAUCGAAGAUAAGUGCAAGCUUCAACAAUUCGUUAAGUUUAAACAAGUGCCAAUCGCGUUUUGUGAAGGAUAAAUUUUGUAGUACACCUUCAACCUGAGAAAAUUUUAAUUUAGAAUUAUAUUUGAAAAUUCAGUGUUUUGAAAGAUAUGUUAUCUCAAUGGCCCCGUGCAUACUAGAAUGUAAUGCUGCAAAUCAGUUCCGGAAUAAAAUAUGUUCAACGAUAAAAAGCACACACCUUGAACAGGGCGUGGUAACUGGAGGCUCGAAAAGUCCUCAGUUGUUCGCCAUUUUGGAAAAGGUGUAAGAUGCUGGGUCGGAAGCAAAGCAUUAAGGGUGAACCCGUCUUAGCCGAUUAUGGUCCUGAAGAAUCGCUUAAUGAAAGUGCCGACAUCGAAUGGGUUAACAAGUAGUCAGAAUCUGUCAUUGCCUGUCAAAUGUCUUCUGUCCAAGUUUAGUAACGUUCCUAUAGUAAACGAUACAGACCAUGCGCUGCGGAAGUUAUGGGUUCGGCGAUUGAUGCGCCUCUGCGCACUGCUGUCGCUGCUAUCCGUUUCGCUCAAUACGCCGAAAACCUUCGAGCGCUACCCGUUUCUGCAGUACUUUACACUAUGCAGCGACAUCGUGGUCACGAUCCUGUUCACCUCGGAAAUGAUCGCCAAGAUCCAUAUCCGAGGGUUGAUUGGGGGAGAUGCUCCAUAUCUCAAGGAUCAUUGGUGUCAAUUCGAUGGGUCGAUGGUACUGUUCCUGUGGGUAUCUGUUGUGCUUCACGUCUUCGAGAUGCUUGGGAUAGUACCAAAGUUCCACUACUUUACCAUCCUCCGGGCACCGCGACCGCUGAUCAUGAUUCGAUUCCUGCGGGUGUUUCUGAAAUUUUCGAUGCCGAAAAGUAGAAUCAACCAAAUCUUCAAACGAUCCAGCCAACAGAUUUACAAUGUGACGCUGUUCUUCCUGUUCUUCAUGUCUCUGUAUGGGCUGUUGGGGGUUCAAUUUUUCGGCGAACUGAAAAAUCACUGCGUUCUUAACACGACCGAAAAGAACACCCUCACAAUAAACUCCCUGGCUAUACCGGAUACAUUUUGCUCGACCGAUCCUGACUCUGGGUAUCAGUGUCCAACGGGUAUGAAAUGCAUGACGAUGGAUUUUCUAUCAAAUUACAUGCAAGGGUUCACAGGUUUUGAGGACAUUGCAACCAGCAUAUUCACAGUCUACCAGGCGGCAUCCCAAGAGGGUUGGGUGUUUAUCAUGUACCGUGCCAUCGAUAGUCUUCCAGCGUGGCGUUCUGCCUUUUACUUCAGCACAAUGAUCUUCUUCCUGGCGUGGUUGGUGAAGAAUGUUUUCAUUGCUGUCAUUACCGAGACGUUCAACGAAAUAAGAGUCCAGUUCCAGCAGAUGUGGGGAGUGAGAGGACAAAUUCAGAACAGCACCGCCUCACAGAUGAUAACAGGCGAUGAUGCAGGCUGGAAAUUGAUAACCAUCGACGAAAACAAACAUGGUGGAUUGGCCAACGAAACAUGUCACACCAUUCUGAAGUCGCCGUAUUUCCGUCUGCUCGUGAUGUCAACCAUUUUAGCAAACGGCAUCGUAACUGCUUCCAUGCAUUUUAAACACGACGGCCGUCCACGGAAAGUGUUUUACGAGAAGUAUUACUACAUCGAAAUGGCCUUUACCUUCCUGUUAGAUUUAGAGACGCUGUUCAAAAUUUACUGUCUGGGCUGGAGAGGAUACUUCAAGCACUCGAUCCAUAAAUUCGAGCUGCUGCUAGCAAUUGGAACCACCUUACACAUCAUACCUGGUCUAUACCUAUCCGGAUUUACCUACUUCCAAGUGCUUCGCGUAGUGCGACUCAUCAAAGCAUCCCCCAUGCUUGAAGGAUUCGUUUACAAAAUUUUCGGCCCAGGGAAAAAACUGGGCUCGCUGAUCAUAUUCACCAUGUGCUUGCUCAUCAUAAGCUCCAGCAUAUCGAUGCAACUGUUUUGCUUCCUUUGCGACUAUACCAAAUUCGAGAGCUUCCCAGAUGCGUUUAUGUCUAUGUUUCAGAUUCUCACACAGGAAGCAUGGGUUGAGGUUAUGGAUGAAACCAUGAUCCGGACUAGCAAGACUCUCACCCCUCUAGUAGCGGUUUAUUUCAUUUUGUAUCACUUGUUUGUCACACUGAUUGUGUUAAGUUUGUUCGUGGCCGUCAUUCUCGAUAACUUGGAAUUGGACGAGGAUAUCAAGAAACUGAAACAGCUUAAGUUUCGUGAACAGAGCGCCGAAAUUAAGGAAACGCUCCCAUUUCGUUUGAGAAUAUUUGAGAAAUUCCCAGAUUCCCCCCAAAUGACAAUUCUGCAUAAGAUUCCAAACGAUUUCACGCUUCCCAAGGUUCGUGAAUCGUUCAUGAAGCAGUUUGUGAUCGAAAUGGACCCUGAAGACCCCUCCUACAGCGAAGGCUAUCAACGACCCAUGUCAGAAUGUUGGGAAUCCAAGGUAGUUUACCGGAAACAGAAACCCGUCAAUGUGAUGAACAAAACUGCCAAAGUGCGUUCUGUAGGAAGUAGCCUACGAAAACUGGCAAUUACGCACAUCAUCAACGAUUCCAACAACCAACGACUAAUGCUGGGCGAUUCUGCUAUGAUUCCGGUUGCAGGUGGUAAAUCCGGUCUCAAACCGCAAGGAACUAUAACGCAAACCAAAGCCUGGAGAGUGGAUCAGAAGAAGUUUGGUUCACGGUCAAUUAGAAGGAGUGUACGAAGUGGCUCAAUCAAACUGAAGCAAACCUAUGAACAUCUGAUGGAAAAUGGCGAUAUAGGAGCAGCUAGUAGGGUAACAUCUUCCCGAGCUAGACCGCAUGAUUUGGAUAUCAAAAUUUUGCAAGCGAAGCGACAACAAGCUGAAAUGAGAAGGAAUCAGCGGGAGGAAGAUCUGAGGGAAAACCAUCCUUUUUUCGAUACCCCCCUUUUUGCAGUCCCAAGGGAAAGUAAGUUCCGAAAAAUUUGUCAACGAAUUGUUCACGGGAGAUACGAUGCAAGGUUGAAGGAUCCGCUUACGGGAAAGGAACGGAAGGUCCAGUACAAAAGUAUGCACAACUUCCUCGGCUUGGUGACCUAUUUGGAUUGGGUGAUGAUCUUUGUGACCACCUUAUCGUGUAUAUCGAUGAUGUUCGAGACACCAGUGAACCGAGUUAUGGAGCACGUGACGCUUCAGAUUGCCGAAUACACGUUCGUCAUCUUUAUGAGUCUGGAGCUGGCACUGAAAAUCCUUGCCGACGGACUGUUCUUCACUCCCAAGGCUUACAUCAAGGACGUUGCAUCGGUUUUGGAUGUGUUCAUCUACGUUGUAUCGCUAACGUUUUUAAUUUGGAUGCCGCGCCAAGUGCCAAGUAAUUCUUCAGCACAACUUCUGAUGAUCCUGCGAUGUUUGAGGCCGCUGCGAAUCUUUACCUUGGUGCCUCACAUGCGCAAAGUGGUUUAUGAACUGUGCAGAGGCUUUAAGGAAAUUCUGCUCGUAUCGACACUGCUGAUUCUUCUGAUGUUCAUAUUCGCUAGCUACGGGGUGCAACUGUACGGUGGAAGAUUGGCCCGCUGCAACGAUCCCACCAUUUUGAAGAGGGAAGAUUGCGUUGGCGUUUUUAUGAGACGAGUUUUCGUAACGAAAAUGAAGUUGAGUCCUGGCCAGAACGAAUCAUACCCAUCGAUGUUGGUUCCACGGGUUUGGGCUAACCCGAGAAGAUUUAAUUUUGAUAACAUCGGAGAUGCAAUGCUGGCUCUGUUCGAAGUUCUAUCAUACAAAGGAUGGAUCGAUGUACGAGAUGUGCUUAUCAAGGCGCUGGGCCCCGUUCAUGCGAUCUACAUACACGUAUACAUUUUCUUGGGCUGCAUGAUAGGAUUGACAUUGUUCGUAGGCGUGGUUAUUGCCAACUAUUCUGAGAAUAAAGGAACCGCUUUGCUUACCGUUGAUCAGCGACGAUGGUGUGAUCUCAAGAAGCGGCUGAAGAUUGCUCAGCCGCUUCAUUUACCUCCACGACCUGACGGACGCAAAUUUAGAGCUUUCGUAUACGAUAUAACACAACAUAUUGCGUUCAAACGCUGCAUCGCCAUAGUUGUGCUCAUCAACAGUAUGUUGCUUUCAAUAACGUGGAUAAAAGACGAAACACAUACGGAACGUUUGGUGAUCGUGAGCACUCUACUGACGUUUGUCUUUGUCAUAGAAGUGGUUAUGAAGAACAUCGCUUUCACGCCUAGAGGGUAUUGGCAAUCGAGACGGAAUCGUUACGAUCUCCUAGUCACAGUAGCUGGUGUAGUUUGGAUCUUCUUACAAACAACACUGAGAAGCGAUUUAUCAUAUUUCAUUGGUUUUAUGGUUGUCAUAUUGCGAUUUUUCACAAUAACUGGCAAGCAUACGACCUUGAAAAUGUUGAUGCUCACAGUCGGUGUCUCAGUGUGUAAAUCCUUCUUCAUCAUCUUCGGCAUGUUUUUGCUGGUAUUUUUCUACGCCCUGGCCGGAACAAUCCUGUUCGGCACGGUGAAAUAUGGCGAAGGAAUCGGCCGCCGAGCCAAUUUUGGAUCACCAGUUACUGGAGUGGCCAUGUUGUUCCGGAUCGUUACCGGAGAAGAUUGGAACAAGAUUAUGCAUGACUGUAUGGUUCAGCCUCCGUAUUGUACGCCAGCAGCAAACUACUGGGAAACGGACUGUGGAAAUUUUACCGCCAGUUUGAUCUACUUCUGCACCUUCUAUGUCAUCAUUACGUACAUCGUGCUAAACUUACUAGUGGCUAUUAUCAUGGAGAACUUUUCCCUGUUUUAUUCGAACGAAGAAGAUGCAUUACUAUCGUACGCCGAUAUAAGAAACUUUCAGAAUACCUGGAAUAUUGUCGACAUUCAUCAGCGUGGAGUGAUCCCCGUUCGAAGGGUGAAAUUUAUUCUACGGCUGCUAAAGGGACGCCUCGAAUGUGAUCCUCAGAAAGAUCGACUUUUAUUCAAGUACAUGUGCUACGAGCUGGAUAAGCUACACAAUGGCGAAGAUGUCACUUUCCAUGAUGUUAUUAAUAUGCUUUCAUAUCGAUCAGUGGACAUCCGAAAGGCUCUCCAGUUGGAGGAACUCUUGGCAAGAGAAGAGUUUGAAUACAUUAUUGAAGAAGAAGUCGCAAAACAGACGAUCCGAACAUGGUUAGAAGGAUGCUUGAAGAAAAUUAGAGCCAACAAUAUAACGAAACAACAAAACUCUUUGAUCGCAGGACUGCGAGCUACAAACGAUAACCUACAAAAGCAACAACAACAGCAACAAGCGCAACAAAACCAACAGCAAGAUGCAGCAGAGGAACAAUCCACCAGCAAGGAGGCAACGCUAGAGUCCGAAACAACAGAACAAACGGCCAAGGAAAUUGAAAACAAUGCAAAGAAUCGCAAGAAGAGUCAAAACAUUCUGAACCGAUCGGAUUCGACUGGUAGCAGUAGCGGUAGGAAGUUUUUGGCACCCACACUCUCGGAUCCUCAGGCUAAGAAUGAAAAAGACCGUUACAUUAGCAAGAAGAAGACUCCUAGGCCGCAGGGAACCAGCACCAAAAACAUAACCCAAAUCAACGAACUGAAUCACAGCCACACGCUGCACCAGAACUACCAUCACGCAUCGCACGGUGCGGAUAUGCAGCAGCAAAACAGCAGUAAAGCUGGCCAUCCGCACAUAAGCAUGGUCUAUGAGGUACACGAUUGGUGGCAGGAGCAGGUUAUUUGUACGCACAGCGAUGACGAAGAUGCUUAGCUAUCGUUAACUUAGUGUUAGAUGAACUGUGGAAUUUUCCUUUUUUACUACGAAUGUAAUAGGUAUAUGCUACUGGAUCAGUUCGUAUCUAAUUAACAACUCAAAUGAGGAAUAUACGCACAGAACGUUGAUUGCACAUAGAAUAUAAAAUAAACCGGUUGAUUAUUAAAUUUUAUUUAUGUUACGUUUAUUUACAACCAAAGUCUAUCCAUAUAUUUACGAAGUUUGUGUUUGAGAAUACACUGUAGUGAUAUUAGUAUUACUGCUAAACGCGAAAA